AUGAAGAUGAUGACCGAGGACACCACAAGAAAAUGGACAUUCGGACAGACAGAUGGGGAUAAGGAAGAGGAAAAGAAGAAAUACGUGGCAUUUUGGAUGACUGAAAAUGGGAGACAGAAGAGUGUUUGGGUGGAGAAAGACCGUCUUUUUGUUUUGGGAAUGAAGUUAUAUCCAGAAGUCGUAGAUGUAACCGAGAUGAGUGAAUCAACAAGUCAAGUCUUUCAACAACUUCUUACUGGAAGUCGUCGUUAUUCAACUCGAAUCUCGAUGAAUGAAGCUGAUGAGAUGUGCCACGUAGCUACUGAAUUGAAACUUGUGAAUUUGUUGAAAAUAAUGGAGAAGGAUUUAAUCGGACAGACCUCGAUAUCAAUGAAACAAGCAGUCGAUUCGUUGAAAAUUGCCGUGAAAUAUGAAAUGAAAGAUGCCAUUCCAAAACUGGUUGAUGAGAUUGUUUUUGAUUUUUGGAAAACGGAAACGCUACGUUAUUGUAAAAAUGGAAAAAUAGUCGUGAUGCUUUUGAAACGAAAGUUUGAAUUAGAAGCUGAUCAACCACCUGCGGUGCCUGAAUGGCCGCCAGAUCCAGCCGCUAGUAAUCCACUUUUUGAGGAACAUCCUUAUCUUGAGACACAGACUCAGAAUCAGCAAGUAGCCCUUCCACGUGUACAACAAAACUCACAAAUCCACAAAGUAAUUCUGAAUUCAGCGAAAGAGAAAAUUCGAAUUCUCCUGAAUCGCCCCAUAACUUCGUUCAAAAACGGAAUUGCCUGGGUUGCUUCGCAGAAUCUGAGGAGACAGAGACAGCCAGCGAGGGGAAAUCAAAAUGGAGAGAAUCGAGAAUUUCAGAACUUUCCACGAUUCCAAAACUUUUGA